CUGGCCGCCAUGUCUUAUGACCGUUACAUUGCCAUCUGCAAACCUCUGCAUUACACGACCAUCAUGAAUCACAGAGUCUGCAUACUCCUUGUCUUUGCUUCAUGGCUGGCUUCAUUCUUAAUCAUAUUCCCGUCACUUAUGCUGUUCAUACAACUUGAUUACUGUAAGUCCAAUGUUAUAGACCAUUUUACCUGUGAUUAUUUCCCCUUACUACACCUUUCUUGUUCAGACACAAAAUUCCUAGAGAUUGUGGGUUUUUCCUGCGCUGUGUUUACUCUACUGUUCACUUUGGCGUUAAUAGUUCUGUCCUAUAUAUAUAUCAUCAGAACAAUUUUGAGGAUUCCUUCUGCUAGUCAGAGGACAAAGGCCUUUUCCACCUGUUCUUCCCACAUGAUCGUCAUCUCCAUCUCCUAUGGCAGCUGCAUUUUCAUGUAUAUUAAUCCAUCAGCAAAAGACAGAGUGUCUCUGAGCAAGGGAGUUGCUGUGCUAAACACCUCAGUGGCCCCCAUGCUGAACCCCUUUAUUUACAGCCUAAGGAAUCAACAAGUCAAGCGAGCCUUCAUGGACAGGGCAAAAAAGAUUGUAUCUUUCUCAAAAAAAAUGAAGAAAUAAAAGUGUUAUUAUAAUUAAAGGCACAUGAUGAGCAAUUAAACAAAAGUAGGGCCCUUCCAAAGUUUAUUAAUAUCUACACAGCCUCACUGGAGUUAUUUUUUCUUAAUUAAACUUUUAUUACCAGCAGUUUACUGAGGAGACAUAUAUAUAUAUAUAUAUAUACAUGUUUUUUCUAUUUAAAUUCCAAUCCACCUUUCAUGCAUUUCCCUUCCUUUGAGCAGUCUUCCCACUCUGUAACCAUGAGACUGGCCUCAGUUCUUAUAAAUAUUUUUAAAUACCAAUUCUUUCAAAAUCAUACUAAGAAAAUCAAAGAAAUGCAGAGAGAGACCCAAGAUCAAUGAGUUAAAAUUGUUUUAGGAUUUUACCAGGAAACACUCUUUCAAAGAAUUCAGAAACUAUUGUCAUGUUUAACAUUCUUUUAAUUUACUAUAUAAGUAUCAUAAAUAUAACUUAGUCUUAUUAGAAUGUUAUAGAGACUAUCCUCUCCAUUUUAUAGCAUGGUUAGUAACUAUGCGAAAAAAGUGCAAUUAAAAAAAUAACAAUUAAUUUUUUGAGAACUCUAAAAGUAUUUCUCAAGUACUGAGUUUAACUUUUCUGUGCCAUAAUUAAUUGAGAACACAAUUAUAAAUAUACACUUACUUAGGAAAAACUUGAAGCAGCCCCUAUUUUUGGAACUCCAUAAUUACCAUAUACACCAUAUCAGCUCUUUUAAAAGCCUAAAGAAAUAAAUAUUCCUAGAUAUAGAUCGAGUACAUAUACUGUGUUUCAGUAAUGUAUUUAAAUGCUUGAUGUUAAACAGCUCUUUUUGAAAAUCAGUUAAGUUAUAAGUUUCUCAUACCUUUUGUGGCUGUUUUGAUAUGAAAGCUUACACAUACAAUUCAUUUAAGUGCAAAAGAUGCAAAACCUUAUUUGUUUCAUAAUAGACUUUGUUAAUAGAAAAAUCAUUUUAAGGGUGCCUGGGUGGCUCAGUCAGUUGAACAUGCAACUCUUGAUUUAGGUUGUGGG